AUGGAUUACCGUACGGUAUGCCAAGUGGAGCAAGCCCCCGCGCUGCACCCUAGCACCCCCUUCGGUAAUCCUCCUGCGCUUCAGACCACGGUCGAAGCGGAGCUUCUAGCUCAGAUGACCUCCCUUCGAAGGGAGAUGGCUAAACUCCAAGAACGUAAUAAUCUCUUUUCGACCAAGGUAGACGAAACCCAACGGUUGCUUAAUCAGCAGGAAACGCAAAACAUUCAGGCUACCGAAUCUUCCCAGAGUCAGCAGACCCCCGGUCGGCAGAAGAAGGGAAAGCAGGGGGCAAAGGCAACGCCUGCGCCCUUCAAACAGUUGGUGGUCCCGGCUCCCCAGGACCAACCUCACGUACCGAAGAAGGUGUACACCGAUUGUCGUCAUCGGAUUAACGACAAGAGGGAUGCCGAACGGCAUAGGUCCCCAGUCGGAGUAAACGCCCGCCUGAGGGACUCCCGGAUGAGGGUCCUGGGAGAUAAAUCGCCCCUUCGGAGGGUUCAGCAUCUAGAUUCGGCGCUGGAAUCCGACGAUGAGUACAUCCCCAUCGGGGGUACCGAAUCAAGCUACCGUUCGGAAGCUCCCCCGGAAUACUCAAAGGCGAGACCACCAAGUCCGAGGAGAACUUCCGAAGACUUUGGUUCCAAGGGCGUCCCAAGCCGAGACCCUGCCAUCCGCUUACUUUUCCAAAGAAUCCAGAAGAUGGAGGAUGACCGAACCCGGUCCCAGGUCCCUGACUGGGGAAAACUUCGGCCGGGACCGUUUACCGAGCGCAUCAAGAAGUCCAGACCGGACAGGGAGGACCCUUUGACGCACCUUCACUCCUUCCAAUCGGCAGUUGGGUGCAAGGGCCUCAGCGACGAGGGGCAAUGUCUGCUGUUUCCAUCGUCCCUUACCGAAGCUGCUCUGAACUGGUUCUACCGUCUCGAACCAGGGACAGUAGACUCCUUUGACAAGCUGAAGCAGAUCUUCCUCAACCACUUUAUGAUCCAGACGGACCGUUUGUACUCUGCCGACGAUCUGUACACGAUUCGGCAGAGGGAGGACGAACCCUUACGGGAAUACGCAGCGCGCUUCAGUCACGAGUACUCGAGGUGUCCUGAAACGGACGAUAGGGCGGCCUACGGCGCCUUCAAGAGUGGCCUUCGGUCCUCUCACUUCCGGUAUCUCGUGCACAGUAGCAACUAG